GAAGAGGAAGUUAUUGGGAGAGAGGAUGAAAAGAGAGAGAUUAUUCGAAUGUUGGUGGAAAUGGAGUUUGGGGAGGAUGUGUCAUUCAUUCCAAUGGUAGGGAUUGGAGGGUUAGGGAAAACUACACUAGCUCAAUAUGUUUUUAAUGAUUUAAAAGUCGAAAACUAUUUUGAAUUAAAAAUGUGGGUGUGUGUUUCUGAUGUUUUUGAUGUGAAAUUACUUGUGGAGAAAAUUGUAAACUCUAAUACUUCUAAUAACAGUCUAGAAAAUUUACAAAAUGAACUUAGAAGUAAGAUAAGUGGUAAGAAGUAUCUCCUAGUGUUGGAUGAUGUUUGGAAUGAGAAUGGUGAGGAAUGGGAUAAGUUAGAGACGUUGUUAAAGUGUGGGGGAAAGGGUAGUAAAGUCUUAGUAACCACACGUAGUGAAAUGGUUGCUAGGAUAACUCAGACAGUUCAACCAUUAAAAGUAAGAGGUUUGAGCAAAGAUAUGUCUUGGUCUUUAUUCAAAAGAAUGGCAUUUAAGAAAGGUCAAGAGCCGGUGGAGGGCUCAAAAGAAAUGGAGCUAGGGAUGGAGGUUGUCGAAAAAUGCAAGGGAGUUCCUUUGGCCAUAAAAACAAUAGGAAGAUUAUUGCAAGAAAAGUUAUGGCUGUCUAGAGAUCCACAAAAGGAGUUGUCAAGGUUUUUGAAUAACGAAUUUGCAAAAAUAGAUCAAAAUGAAAAUGAUAUCUUGCCCACCCUCAAGCUAAGUUAUAAUCAUCUCCCUUCACAUUUAAAGCAUUGUUUUGCUUACUGUAGAUUGUUCCCUAAAGAUCAUGAAAUUGAUGUGAGGGAGUUGGUACGACUAUGGAUGGCACAAGGAUUUAUAAAAUGCUCUAAUAACAAAAACCAAUGUCUAGAAGAUAUUGGUUAUGAGUAUUUCAUAAAUCUAUUGUGGAGAUCUUUUUUCCAAGAACCAAAGAUUGAUGGAUUUGGUGAUAUAAUGACAUGUAAAAUGCAUGACCUAAUGCAUGAUCUUGCAAUUAAGGUGGCAGGAUCAAAUAGUGUCAUAAUUGAUCAAAAUCCUAAAUUUUCUAAUGAAAAUUGUCUCCAUGUGUCAUUAGUUAAUUUUGAUUUUGAUCUUGAAACCAACAACUCACUCGAGAUUUUCGAAUUCUUUUCUCAACAAAAAAGACUUCGAACUUUACUUUUACAUCAUCGUAAAGGGUUGAGCUUCUCAGAACUUCAAGAUUAUUUACCCAAAUUUAAGUGUCUACGAGCUUUGAGUGUACCUUUCAUGAGUAUUGAGGUGUUGCCAAAGAAUUUGUGUGAGUUGGAACAUUUGAGAUAUCUUAAUCUUUCUUGUAAUUAUUUUCUAAAAUUGCUCCCAAGCUCUUUGAUAAGAUUACAGAAUUUGCAGACUCUAAGUGUCGUAAAUUGUGAAAACCUUAUUAAAUUACCUCAAAAAAUGAAGAAAUUAGUCAACUUAAGGCAUCUUAUGAUUGAAGGAUGUUGUAGAUUGAGAGAGAUGCCUCCUGAAUUUGGGUAUAUGAGUUCCCUUCACACAUUAGAUAAAUUUGUUGCAUCUGAGUCGAGUGGGUUUCAUGAAUUGAGCAAUCUUAUUAACAACUUACAAGGAAGAUUAGCUAUUAAAAAACUCAGGCACACAAUUAAUUAUUCUGCAUCAGAAACAACUUCAAAGCAAGCCGUUUGUGAAGGGAAACAUAAUCUUCAAUCGUUAAGUUUAGAGUGGGAAAAAGUUUAUGAAAAUAACAAUAAUAUGGUGGAAAAUGAUGAAAUGUUACUUGAAGGUUUGCAGCCACCUUCCAACCUAAAAGAAUUGCAUGUGUGGCAUUUCAUGGGAGUGAGAUUUGGAAGUUGGCUUUCUUCAUUGAAUAACCUUGUUAAACUGAAGUUAAACAUGUGUUACAAGUGCCAAUAUCUCCCAAAAUUAGAUCAAUUACGUUCUCUUGAGGAACUUAUGGUAUCAGGAGUAGAAGCAGAGUACAUGUGCUCCUCUGGCGAAGAUGAUGAUUUUGACGCCAACUUGUUCUUUCCAUCCCUGGUGACUCUUACAAUUGGACAUUGUUCAAAUCUGAAGUGGUGGUGGUGGAAAAAGGAAGUGGAUGGGAAUAAUAUUAGAUCAUUUCCUCGUCUCUCUAAUCUAGUAAUAACAGACUGUCCUAACCUCACUUCAAUGCCCUUGUUUCCAACUAUUGAAAAGGUUAAACUGUUAGCAAGUAGCUCAAUGUCAUUAGAAGAUACGUUUAAAAUGAUGAGGGGAUCAAGCAAGGCACACAACACUACUCACCCAAACAUUUCAUUGCUAAGGUCUAUCCAUAUAAGAAGCUGCCCCAGUUUGACAUCACUACUGGUGGAAGAGAUUGAUAACCUUACUUCCCUUGAGUCUAUCUUGAUAGAAGACUGUCCCAAUUUGACAUCAGUACUGGAAGGGAUUGAUAACCUUACUUCCCUUAAAUCUAUCUUGAUAAAAGACUGUCCCAAUUUGACACUAGUACUAGAAGGGAUUGAUAACCUUCCUUCCUUUAGGGAUAUCUCUAUAGAACACUGUCACAAUUUGGCAUCACUACUUGAAGGGAUUGAUAACCUUCCUUCCCUUAGGUCUAUCUAUAUAAGAGACUCCUCUGAUUUGACAUUAUUACUGGAAAGGAUUGAGAACCUUCCUUCCCUUAAGUCUAUCUAUAUAAGAGACUGUCCCAAUUUGACAUCAUUACUGGAAGGGAUAGAUAACCUUCCUUCACUUGAGUUUAUCUAUAUAAGAGACUGCCCUGAUUUGACAUCAGUUCCCGACAACUUCAGAAAAGUGAAGAAUUCUUUUAUUAAGAAUUGUCCAAAGCUUGAAGAGAGAUAAUGUAAUUGAAGUUUCUAUACACCAUUGGAGUUGUGAUAAACAAGCAAAAGAGGCAGAAAGGGAGUGAGGACAAUGGAAUGGAACCCUCUCCAGCUGUACAUGUUAUUAUGUAGAAGAGAGUUCAAACUCUGGGAUGGUUCCUAUGACAGGGCAGGGAAUGGGGUCAACAUUAAUUCUUCUUGUCUAGACUGAUUUACAUAGUGGCAUACUUUUGCAUUGAAGUUAUUGGCAAAGAGUAUAGAGUAAAUUAUUGUUGGAGAAUACAGAGAAUAAAGAUGCAGAAUUGGGCAUCCUUGGCUGUCAAAUAUCAAUUGAUAAAUUCAUACAGGUUUUGAUUGGACACAAGAGAAAUGGUGGAGAGAUUGGACAGAGACAAUAUGCCAUUUGGCCAAAGUGCAGAGAGAUGAUCAGACCGAAAUAGAUGGAGACAUAAGUGGAGUUAGCUGUGAAAAACAACUAGUACUUUCAGAGUCUCAUUCUUCCAUUUCAACAGAUUCAGUCGAUGAGAAGAUUGGCGUUGUCAAGAAUUUCAGGAGAAUGGUUGGUGUCAAUCAAAGUUAGAAAACUCUAUUUUUGCAUUCAGUGAAUGGAUCGUCAUGCAUAUUUGAAUCCAUUGUAAGUAAACUAAGGUGCAGCAAAUGCAAAACCCAACUAUGGAGAACUGCAAUUAUGGCAUUAAUUUGGGCUGUUUGGUUCGAAAGAAAUUCUAGAAUUUUUGAGGGCCGUGACGAGGUUCAAAAGAGGAACUUUGGGAGAAAAUAAAAUUCUGGUCAGCUA